CCUUAGUUUAAAGGGUACCUUGACGUGACAGUUGUCGCAGUUUUGAGAUCAUUUCUGCUGGUUUGGGUAAAUUUCAGGAGGCACAGACGCUUGAGAUUGAUUUCUGUAGGACGCCAGCUUAGCGGCGUUAAUACGCGCGUCUCGGUGCGACCCCCGAGUUCUUACGCGCGACUUUGUUAAAGGCUUACGCGUGAGACUCAAGGUCUAUUCACAUACAACGCAUAGGCGUGCGUGUUCAGCGAUAUAGCGACAGGGACUUGUGGCAUCGCACGCUUUUCUCGCCAUCCUGCGCGUGAGCCUGGAACCCUGUCAGGCUGAGUACUGCUAAAAGCUAUGGACAUAAAAACCAAAUCAGAAGGUGUAAGUAUUCCAUCCGCAGCCGCCGGCCUUCCCGCAGUACCCCUCACCAACGACAUGGACGAUGCCUGCAAACAGCAGCCCCAGUCCGCGGCACCUCCGGAGCAGCAACAACACCACCUACCUGCUCUACCAACCGAUAACCCUACCUCCCUAUUCGUCAACACACAACCGCGCGAGCCCCCCGGCUGUGGCAUGACAUCCCCAUCCCCAGAGCCGCCGCUCGCCCGCCGGUCCGCACCCCUCACCGGCCUUCCCAACGCCCCCCCACCCACUCCUCUCAACCUCCCCACCCGUACCUCCGACACCCACCUGGCCCCCGGCGGCUGCUCCUCUUCUUCCUCCAGCACUGGAGGCAGCGGCUCCGGUCCUGCCGCUUCGAUCAGCGCGCGAUCGCUCCGCGGUGAUUCCGCCUCCUCCGAGCUUUCUCGCCGCCUGCGCAGCCUGCUUGCCGCCGCCGUCACCUUUCGUGACGUGGAACUCACUCCCCGCCACCCCUCCCUGGAGGCAGGCGGCGAUCUGGAUCUGCUGCAGCAGCAGGACGAGCCGGAUGCGGACGCGGCGACCGGAGCCGCCCCGCCCCCACCACCCGCAGUGGCCGCAGCCACCGCAGCGGAUGCGGAUGUUCUUAGCUACGAAGAUCGAAGCAGCAGCGGCGGAUUCGGGACCGCAGGAGGCGACAGCGGAGCAGCGGGCGAGCCUGGUGGAGAGGUGGAGCGGAAGUCGACGGGCGGCAGCAGUGUCGGGGCUGUGGGCAGCGGCAGUGAGGGCGGAGUGGCGGGUGGCGGGCGGGUGGGCAGUGUCAGCACGCGUGCAGUUGUGCGGAAGAACAAGCUGGUCAUCAUCAUGGUGGGUCUGCCGGGCCGCGGCAAGACCUUCCUGUGCAACAAGAUUUGCGCCUACCUCAGCUGGUUGGGCCACGUGACCCGGCACUUCAACGUGGGUCAGUACCGCCGGCGGCAGCGCGGCGACCACCAUGUGGUGCAGGACGCGGAGUUCUUCGACCAUGCUAACGAGGCGGGUGUGGAGGCCCGCAACCGGGCUCUUAACGCGGCGCUGGACGACCUGAUGAACUGGCUGAGGGGAGAUGAGAACCAGGUGGCGGUGUUCGACGCCACCAACACCACCCAGGCGCGACGCAACCUGCUGCGCUCCAAGUUCCACGGCGUGUGGCAGUACCUGUUCAUUGAGACCAUCUGCUCGGACCCCGCAGUGCUGGAGCAGAACUACCACAACAAGAUGGGGUUCAGCUCCGACUACGAUGGGGUAGACAAGGCGCAGGCAGUGGCCGACUUCCUGGCGCGCAUCGCCAAGUACGAGGCGGUGUACGAGCCCAUCAGCGACCGCAGCAUGCACUACAUCAAGCUGAUAGACAUGGUCACGGGGCGGGGACACAUGGACAUCAACCGCAUCAGCGGCUACCUGCCGGGGAAGAUUGUUUUCUUCCUCAUGCAGGUAUGCAAGGCGGGAAUGACAUCCGCGAGAAAGAUUUGGUUUACUCGGCAUGGCGAGUCCCAGUACAAUGAAAAGGGCCUAAUUGGAGGAAACAGCUCACUGUCCAAACGCGGCGAGUGCUAUGCGCGUGCGCUGCCGGCGGAGCUUGAAAAGCGCAUUGAGGCGCUCCAGGCUGAGGGCCAGGGACAGCCUCUCUCGGUCGCGGUUUGGACGUCGACGCUUAAGCGCACAAUCGAAACGGCGCGGCGCCUGCCGUACGCGAAGGUGCAGUGGAAGGCCCUGGACGAGAUCAACGCGGGCAUCUGCGACGGCAUGACGUACAAGCAGAUCGAGGUGCAGUACCCCGAGGAGUACAAGGCGAGGGGGAAGGACAAGCUCUGCUACAGGUACCCCGCCGGCGAGUCGUACAUGGACGUGAUUCAGCGCGUGGAGCCGGUGAUCACGGAGCUGGAGCGGGAGCGGAACUGCGUGGUGGUGGUGGCGCACCAGGCUGUCCUGCGCGCCCUGUACGGCUACUUCAUGAACGUCCCCAACAAGGACAUCCCCCGCCUCAGCAUGCCGCUGCACACCCUCAUCGAGCUCACCCCGCUGCCCAACGGCACCAUGAGCGCCGCCUUCUUCCCCGCAGACAUCCCCGCAGCAGCAGCGCCACCACCCACCUGCCUCCCGCUGCUGCAGCCGGUGCGGGAGCUCUCGCCGCCGCAGCAGCCGGCGGUGGGCUGCGCGGAUGUGCAGGGCGAGGCAACGAUGGGGGCGGUGUCGGGGAGCGCUGCGGCGGUGUGUGAGGGCGGAGCGGCGGUGUGUAAGGACGUGGCGGCGAUGCAGGAGGCGGCGUCGUCGGACUCGGAGACGAGCAUCUCCUCCCGGGCCGCGUCGGUGGAAAUGGGGUCGGUGCUGAUGCCCUCGCCGCCGGCUGGACCGGGCUUGGAGGAUGCGGAUUCGGCCGCGACUUGUUAGCUGCUGGACAAGCUGCUUGCCGGCGGCAUUGCUGAAUGGUCAAUGGCAAAACCAUUAUGGGACUGUUGCAAAACAGCUGGUCGCCCCGCAGAGGAGCUGCCGGGUGGCCUAGCCGCCCACUCAGGUAUGCUAUCCUUCUGCCGCCCGCAGCGCUCUGCCAAAAACGCAUCCAUUACUGGCCAGUACCGGCUACUGGAGUUCUGGCCGGAACCAGCCACGGCAGACGUUAAGGGCCUUGGUUCCAUGCAGCCGGUUUCGCGCUGCUCAGUUUCAUGACUCGAGCGUUACCGGGCUUGGGUGGGAAAGGUUAUGGUUUGUGAGGGUGGGGAAGGAGGAGGAGGAGGGUAUGAGGAAGCGCGCGGGUUGGGAGUGAUUGGGAAUGGGAGGAUGAUGCACGCCGCGGCAGGCAAUAUGUGCGGCUUGCGCGUCUUAUGCUGGAUGUGUUUUCUGUCUUCUUGACUGAACUGUAUGAUGGCUGCUGGCGUUGACUGUGUUGUCGCAUUAAGUUUGGCUACACCAACGUACACAAAACGUCCAGGGGAAUGUAUGACGGUGACGGUGAUGAUGAUUCGGUUCGGUAAAGAAAACGUGCAGGUUGAGAUGUUAUUGCGGUGUGUGACAAAAUGAUAUACUGCUCCUCUGCACCAAAAUACACUCGGUGAAGCCUGCGCGGAAAACUGUUACAUUGCUGCGACUCGGGGCUUGCCCCGGUGUAUGUGGCCAGAGUAUUUUGGUCCUCCCUUUUAUCAAGGGCCUGCUCGUGCCUUGCUGUGUGCCCCCAUAGCGGUGGUGCCUUAGCGCGUGUGUGCCCUUGCUGUGUUUUUCCACUUCACGUUCGGCUCAGUCUCUCCGUUGUUGUCGCCUUGGAGGUUUGUGGCCGGAAUGAGUGACACCAAUGACAUUCAUCCACAUCAUCCUUCACUUUGUUCCUGCGACGGACCUCACACACGCCUCCUACACGGUCCCUACAUGAUACUGUCGGGGAAUGGUGCAGUGCCUUUUUCAAUCCGGGUGAGACAACGGGGGGCGACAACGGGGUCGAAGCUUUUUUUGGUGCAGGGUCUUGGCGCUGUAAGUUAGUUAGCAUUGGGAUGCGGGCGCUGAGCAGCGCUGUUACGGAUUGCAGGUUGUGAUGAUUCGCGGUGCAACACAGAGUAAUAGUCACGGUGGUGGUGGUGGUUUACCUGGUUCCGCCAAUGCAACCAGGGUUGGUUGCACGUGGCGGGGUGGACAUUGCACGGGGUCACCCACAUCAUGGCACACGUGAUGAUGUGUUGUGUGCCCCGCAGUCAAACCGCAUGCGGCCCGUUACGGGGGAUGGCUACGAUCCGAUCCCUCCUACAUGCACUUCGCAUUGCAGUGUACGUUUAGUGUCAUGAUAGCUCUAGUUGUGUGCAAGAGGGGUGCACUUUUUUUAUACAUAUACGGCGACGCAUUAUGGUACUGGAGAAAGCACCGCGCAUAUAAUGGUUUGCUGCGCACUGUAUGGGAGCACCCUCGAGGGGUGCCGGGCGAGGUUGUAUGAUGUAUGACGUCACGUGCGAGGAAACAGGCAUCUGGUUUGGGUUCAGAGACGGGACCGAAGAUGUGUUUUACAUGCGUAUCGUACGUGAUGGGGGCUCUGCUGUACACUUCGGGGUCCGUUCGUACAUCUUUGUUGAUUGUACAGCGCAUCAUAUUCGUUAAUCUGGUUUAUUGCUGUGCAGAAUUUGGGGUGUAUUCAAAGGUACGAACGUUUGUUGCGCUGAUUCUGUGCGUCUUGAAGUGCGGUGCUGGGCUGCGAAGGAAGAUGGCUGCUGGAUGGACCAGGUGUAUGAGUCUGAUGUUGGGUGAAUGAUCGAGGUUUCGGUAGGAGAUGUCUGUAGUAGAUUUCGGACAAGUAAGGAGAUAAUUGGUAAAAGUUCUUAGGUCAAUAGGAUGGCAGAAUACAAUAUAUGCAGGAAAGUAGAUCUGGCCUCCACGCUGCUGACGACGCGAAGAUUUCUGCUUGCGUUCAUUGUUUACUUGGCAGUGAACGCGAGCUUGGACUUGCUCUUAACGUACAUGUAAUAUAUGACAACAGCAGUUCACAUUUACCAAUGCAUAACCCGUACGUGUUACAACGUUUCAUGCUUAGAAUUGGAAAACCCAG